AAUUCAAAAUAAGUAAGAAAAUUGAAAAACCCUAAAGAAACAACCUGAAGGUCCCUAUUCCCCCAACCAAUAACCAUCUACCAACUAAAAUACGUAAACCCCAAAAACUCCAUUAAAAAACACCCUAAAAAGAAAUAUAGAUUUUUUAAAAUUCCCUGGUUUAGUUUUCACUGCUUCCAAGAUUAAGAAACUUCCAUCAGAUAUGUAUCAAGAUUCAAGAUUCAACUUAGUGUGAAAUUGGAAAAGACAAGUGCUUUUGUCAAUUGAAGAAGAAGACUGAAAGGUAAAUGAUGGGUAGAAAUCUUAGCCCGAUUUUGCGGCGAGAGCUGGCAAAUCUUGACAAAGAUGCCGAUAGUCGAAAAUCAGCAAUGAAAGCACUGAAAUCAUAUGUGAGAGACUUGGAUUCAAAGGCAAUACCGGUCUUCCUUGCACAAGUUUCCGAGACCAAAGAAACUGGGUGUGUAUCUGGUGAAUACACUAUUUCACUCUAUGAAGUUCUUGCUCGUGUUCAUGGUGUGAAGAUUGUUCCACAGAUUGAUAGUAUAAUGUCUACUAUUAUCAAAACAUUAGCUUCAAGUGCAGGCUCUUUCCCACUACAACAGGCAUGCUCGAAAGUGGUGCCUGCAAUUGCAAGAUAUGGGAUCGAUCCAACCACUCCAGAAGAUAAGAAGAGGCACAUCAUUCACUCACUUUGUAAGCCUCUUUCGGAAUCUCUUUUGGGUUCCCUAGAAAGCUUGAGUUCGGGAGCUGCCCUUUGCUUGAAGGCGCUUGUAGAAUCUGAUAACUGGCGGUUUGCUUCGGAUGAGAUGGUCAACAAUGUUUGUCAAAAUGUGGCUGGUGCUUUGGAGGAGAAGUCUACUCAGACGAAUGCACAUAUGGGGCUGGUUAUGGCUUUAGCGAAGCAUAAUGCUUUGAUUGUUGAAGCGUAUGCUAGAUUGUUAAUAAAAUCUGGCUUGAGAAUAUCCAAUGCUGGGCUUGCAGAAGGUAAUUCUCAGAAACGGUUUUCAGCAAUACAAAUGAUAAACUUCUUGAUGAAGUGGUUGGAUCCAAGGAGUGUGUUCUCAGAGGUAGAGUUGAUUAUGGAAGAGAUGGAGAAGUGCCAAUCCGAUCAGAUGGCUUAUGUUAAAGGGGCUGCUUAUGAAGCUUCUCAAACUGCGAAGAAAAUAGCACAAGAGAAAGGGUCAAAGUUUGAGAACAGUUCUGGUUCGGUUACUGGAUCAAAUUUUGGUAGGAGAGACCGCAAUCGUAGAAGGAAUUUAGGCACAGCCAGUGAUGGAUCUCCUGCAACUGCAUCACCCGAAUCACAAACACUUGACUCCUUUAUGGAAUAUGAUUCUUUGCUUGAGUCACCAAUCUCGAUGACUCAAAUUUCUCGCAACAUGGAAUAUGAUCAAAGGAGUGUGACUCGGAAGCUUUGGAAAUAUGAAAAUGGAGGUGUAGAUGUAUCGCUUAAGGAUGGUUUGUUCUCUGCAGUGGCUCAAGGACGUUCCAUAUGUGACUCACCUUCUGAUCUUCACGAACUUAGCAAUAAUGGGUCAGAGUUCACGGAGGAGUUUUCAGGAUUCUUGUAUAGAAGUCCUAGAAAUGUGUUGCCAAGAAGUGCCACUCCCAGUCCUCAGAGAUCACGUUCACGGAUUAACGUAGAAACCCUCUUUACAACUCCAAGGAAGCUCAUCCACUCACUUCAAGAUCCUAAUGAAUUGAACUCAGAUUACUCCGAGAAACAAUUCAGGAGGUUCAGAAGUCCAUGCUCAGAGAAAUUUGGAGGUAGUCCAACCACAAACCGUAACACUUUUUGUCGUGGUAUGAUCAAUGAGGUCAAACGCAAAGCACGUUCGUAUACCGAUGGUGAAGAUCAUGGUGUCUCUGAAUCUGUAUCAUCAACUGAUGACAGUCCUGCUGAGCUUGAUGUCCCAGGAUCUACUGAUGCAGCCCCUAAGAACAAAAAAGAAACUCUCGAGUACCACAACGAGAAAGUAGGUAAGAACAUGGCUCCUAAAUUGUUUUUGGGCCUCUUUUUGAUUAUAAUUGCAGUCCUCACUUGUUUAUGGUGGACUGAAGGUGAGGAUGAAAGCUUCUAUGUUGUUCCAACUUAGGUUCACUCAACUCUGUUGUAUCAAACUUGUCCUAGUGAAUUAGGAACAGUGUUAAGAACAAUGUUGGAGACCAGGCUCUUUACAAUGUGCUUUUCAGUAACAAUACUAGCUGAGUAUUUCUGCA